UCGAGACGCGAUCAGACGGACCAGACUCGACAUCACCAUUUCUUUUGGCAGGCUUCGCCGUUUUCUCAUCAUAAGAGAACGCAUGGUUCACCUCUGCCUGCUUCAUCCACCUCCGUUUCUCCUCUGCCGCUCAUCGGCUCUGCAACCUUUGUCCUUCAGAGUUAUGAGAUGGGUAUACUGGUGCUUUCAGUAGACCUGCAAUGCUCCCGCUGCAAGAAGAAGAUCAAGAAUGUCCUGGAGUGCCUCCAAGAGGACUACUGCAUCGAGAAGAUUGAGUAUGAGGACAAGGACAACCGGGUGAUCGUCCGCGGCAACUUCGACACUGAUAAGCUGUGCAAGAAGAUCUGCUCCAAGGCCUGCAAGAUCGUCAAGCAGAUCGAAAUCGUCGACGAAUGGCCGCCGAAGCCGAAGGACCCACCAAAACCAUGCCCAAAACCUGAUCUGUGCCAUUGCCCAAAACCUGAUCCGUGCCAUUGCCCGAAACCUGACCCGCCAAAGCCAUGCCAUUGCCAGAAACCUGACCCGCCAAAACCAUGCCCAAAACCUGAUCCACCCAAACCAUGCGAAUGCCCGAAACCUGACCCACCCAAACCAUGCCCAAAACCUGAUCCACCAAAACCAUGCCAUUGCCCACCCAAACCAUGCCCAAAACCUGAUCCACCAAAACCAUGCCAUUGCCCACCCAAACCAUGCCCAAAACCUGAUCCACCGAAACCAUGCCAUUGCCCACCCAAACCAUGCCCAAAACCUGAUCCACCAAAACCAUGCCAUUGCCCUGACCCGCCAAAACCGAAACCGCCACCGCCGCCGGAGCCCAAACCAACAUACAAGUUCGUGCCAUACCCAUACCCGUACCCGUACCCCAUGCAGUGCCAGAGCUGGCCCUGGAACUGCUCUCCGCAGACGUGCCAAUGCCCCGCCCCACAGCCAGCGCCGCCGCCGCCGCCACCUCCCCCACCGCCAGUAGUGGAGCCGCCCAAGCCGAAGCCCUGCCAGUGCUCGCAAUCACAACACCACGGCUGUGGCUGCGGCGGCAAACCACCUGGGCCGCCGCCUAUCUGCUGGCCGCCGCCCACCUGGCCGCCGCAGCAGCCAUGCUUCCCGCCGGCAUGGACGACCGAGGAGAUCCCAUCCGAAGCCUGCUCCAUCAUGUGACGGCUGAUCUGUGAUUACUACUAUGAAUGAACACCGCAGUUUCCUUGGAUUAUUGUGGUGGUGCUACUUUAUCUACCGUGCCUCGGAAACCGUAAUAAUGCAAGACUUAGUGCUGGUCUUUGUUAUCUGUGUACUCUACGUGCGGUGUCGUUAAUUUACCUCUUCUGAUGUCCCAAAGUUUAUUUGGUUGUACAUGUAAUGCGUUAAUUUGUCAAUGUAAAUUUGUUUUCUUACUGUA